AUGUCUUCCUCAUCAUCGUUAUUCAUCUAUCAUAUUAUAUUCGUUCUUAUUUCUUACAAAUUUUUUUAUUUUAUUCAAGCUGUUCCAAUCGACAAUGGUAUCAUUGAUAAGCCUGAAAUUGGAUGUGAGCCUAUUGAUAUUACUGUCUCUUUCAGUACUAAAAAUGCAUUUUAUGGUCAUGUUUAUAUUAAAGGACGAUAUGAUGAACCAGGUUGUAGAUCCGAUGAAAAUGGUCGUAAAAUCGCAUCUUUAACAAUUCCAUUCAAUACUUGCGGCUUAUCACGAGUUCGAUCUCUUAAUCCAAAAGGUAUUUUUAUUACGGCUGUGGUAAUUGUUACAUUUCACCCAAAGUUUUUGACAAAAGUCGAUCGAGCUUAUAAGGUGCAAUGUUUCUAUAUGGAAGCUGAUAAGACAAUCACUACAAAUAUUGUAGUAUCAGAUUUAACAACAGCACUGGCGGCACACAACAUACCAAUGCCUGUUUGCCGAUAUGAGAUUCUCGAAAAUCAUCCGAAUGGUAACCCUGUUUCAUAUGCAUUAAUCGGUAUGCAAGUUUAUCAUAAAUGGACAUGUGAUAGUCAAACAAGUAAAUGA